AUGGAUUACUGCUCCCUGUGUCAGAUCUCCCAGGCCCUGAACGGAGUCUCUGACAAGGCUAAAGAUGCAAAGGAGUUCCUGAUGCAGCUGAAGAACAUGCUCCAGCAGAUCCAGGAGGGGGGGGUGGAGUUCGAGGCGUGUCUCGUGGCUCAGUGCGAUUCGCUGAUCGAGGCGCUGACCAGACAGAAAGCCAAACUGCUCACCAAGGUCACCAAGGAGAAGGAGUACAAGCUGAAGGUUGUGCGUGACCAGAUCACCCACUGCACCAUGAAGCUGCGUCAGACCACUGGGAUGAUGGAGUUCUGUCUGGAGGUCCUGAAAGAGAACGACCCCAGUGGAUUCCUGCAGAUCUCAGACCCACUCAUCAAGCGGGUGACGUCUUCUCAGGACCAGUGGGUGAAAGGGGCCCUGGAGCCAAAGGUCGGCCCCGACUAUGACCUCACCCUCAACACCGACUCGCUGAUGCAGACCAUCCAGCAGCUGGACUUCUGCCCGGGCAACGAUGUGCAGGAGAAUCCAUUAUUGAAACAAAUGCAGGCUGAAGACAGUGGUGAGGCUGAGAUGGAGGCCGAGAGCCCCGGAGCUGAGUCUGGGACUUCUGUGCCGGUGGCUCCGCUCCUGCAGCUGGAGAAGUGCUGCACCAGGAACAACAGCGCCACGCUGGCCUGGAGAGUGACAGCGCCCCCUGGGAGCCCCAUCGAGGGCUACAUCCUGGAGCUGGACGACGGCAACGGAGGACAGUACAGGGAGGUUUAUGUGGGGAAGGAGACAGUGUGCACGGUGGACGGCCUCCAUUUCAACAGCUCCUACAACGCCAGGGUGAAGGCCUACAAUGCAGUCGGUGUGGGGCCGUACAGCAAGACCGUGGUGCUGAGGACCUCUGAUGUGGCCUGGUUCACCUUUGACCCGUCCUCGGCUCACCGGGACAUAGUUCUGACCAACGAGAACCUGACCGUCUCCUGUAACAGCUACGAUGACCGCGUGGUGCUGGGGACCGCCGCGUUCUCCAAGGGAAUCCACUACUGGGAGAUCUGCGUUGACCGCUACGACAACCACCCGGACCCGGCGUUUGGCGUGGCGAGGAUCAACACCAUGAAAGACAUGAUGCUGGGGAAGGACGACAAGGCGUGGGCCAUGUACGUGGACAACAACCGCUCCUGGUUCAUGCACAACAACUCCCACACCAACAGGGCGGAGGGCGGCAUCGCUAAGGGCUCGACCGUGGGCGUCCUGCUGGAUCUGAACAACCACACUCUGACCUUCUUCGUGAACAAGGUUCAGCACGGCCCGACCGCCUUCGCCAACCUGGAGGGCGUCUUCGUGCCGGCGGUCAGCAUCAACAGGAACGUGCAGGUGACCUUGCUGACGGGCCUGGACAUUCCAAAGACUAUCAAACAGUAGGAGCCCCCCCCGCCCCCGUGUCUCUGCGUGUGCUCUGGAUACAAACACACAAAGUCGUACGCAGCCUAGGUUCGAUCCCCACGUGGACGUUUUCCAGUAACAUCAGCUGGGACUUCAACUCCUCUCCCAUCAAGGUGUCCUUUGUCUCGGAUGCACUUCAGCGUCCGGUCAUUUGGGACAAAGGGACAAAUCUCUUGGUUAUAAAGACAGUGAUUGACACUUGUGGACGGACGGAUUUACUGUGGAUCGUCCCACUCUUUUCAUGUCCCGUGGUUUUCCCCUGUGACCUCCAGGACUCACCUGUGUUCAUAUUCUAGCUGCUAUGUUUCCAGUGAUCUCCACCUGAAGGAGCCUGAAGCUUCUCCUGGAGGCCGGAGACCAAACACAUCGACUCUCUCGUCUACACUGUGCAGUCAAAUCGUUUUCUACUGAAAAAAACACUAAAAGAAAAACACAACGCACCAAAUCACCGAUAAAACGUGGAACCAUAAUUUUCCAGGAGAUUCCAGAGCGACUCUCAGGAGAUGAUGAACGAGGGAGCAGUGAUGGAGCGGUGAUUCUCUCUCAGGUGUGUUUACAGCCUGCGAGUUCAAACAGGGCCACCUCCCUGAGUUACAGUUGCAUUGUGGGUCGUUCACGCUCAUUUUUUCAGCUCCUGUGUUCUGCUUCUCGUAAUUGGUUGGAGUUUAAUAGAGAGGUGAUUUGUUACCUGUGGGCAGGAACACGACAGACAUUAAGAACUCAGUGAGGUGAAGCUGGGAAGAUUCAUUUCAUUUCCUCAGUAGCUGUAUAACAGAUCAAUAGAGCCUGGGAGGGGCCAUUAGGAAACAUCAAAAUCUUUUAUCUUAAAUUCAUUUUGGUUUUAAUUGGUUGCAUCAGAGUUUCUUGUGGACUGAUUUACCAGCUGCACUAAAUAUUCAUCUGCAUCAAGUGGUGGAAUUAAAAAACGAAUAAUCUUGAGAAAGUGAAAGUGGCCAAAUAGAAUUUAAUAUUCAGAGAAUUCAUACAAUUUGCUUUCUUGCUGAUAGUUACAGAAGAUGAAUACCUUUCUUUUGGUUUUGCUAGGAUUAAACUAACAAGGUUUUCUGUGACAUUUUAAUUUGAGAUCUUUAGUUGUGCUGCUUCGAAAAUCAAUUAUUAUUAUAAUUAUAAUUAUUAUUAUUGACCUGAAGAUUCCCUUCAGCUCUUCCCUGACUCGUCACACUCAGAACCUGAUUAUAUGUUGUUUUUCACUUUGACACUUAAAAGUCAGAAGCUGCUGAAAUGAGAUGGAAAUAAGCUCAACACUGUUUUAUUCCUUUUUCAGUCGUUCAAGGCCAACACAAAAAAGUUGCAGAUCAGAAAGUGUAGAAAGAGAAAAACGUGGUUGUCUCAUUGUGAUUUAAUUCUGUGCUCAUCUGUGAGUCUCUCUGUCGAGCUUCAGACUCAUUUCACAUCUGUGGACGUGAAGCUGAGAACGUGAGGAGCUUUGAAAUCCAACCAAACCACUGUGACUAAUGCUAUUACAUCACUUUGACAUGGGUACCCCUGGAUGUGAUCAUUUAUCCGGAUGCAGCAGAGGAAAGGUUCAUUUUUAAAUUAAAACAAUUAUUUAACCCUGAAUUUUAUGACGAUAUUUAAAUAUUUAUAUAAUGUGUGUGUGUGUGUGUGUGAGAAUCCUCCAACUGUAAAUACUGAGUUAUGACAACGACGUGUAAUAUGAAGCAUGGAUUAAGCAUCGAACAAGUUUACAAGAAUAUCUGAAGCUGUACUGUAAAUACUGAACAUUAUUAUUGUCUUUGCAACGAGUGACGUUCAAGCCAACUGCUGCGACAGCGCGCCCCCUGCUGUUCAAACCACGCCAACAACAGUGUUCAUGUGUUUCUCUCAUCUUUCAUUAUCUUGUUCCAUUUUACUCAACUAGGAUUUAUUUUAACUUUCGAGUUAAUCAGAAUAUCUGCUCCAUUUUGUACCGUAACCUUCAAACAUGCAAUCAGGGACAUUACAUAGCAUUUGCCUUGUAACAGUUGAUGUCGUAAACUAUUGUUAUUUAUCUUUUAAGACCUUUUUAAUCUUUAGAAUUCCAAUAAACCAUGUGACUGAAGAGAGAAACAGUGCAACAGUAGACUACAAAAGGUUUUUCUCAAAGGAACCGAUGAUGUCUAUUUUCAAUACAACACCUAUUUUAAAGUAAUUUAUUGAUUAGUAAACUUCUGGAGUAGCAAACUGGGAAUAUCUGUACAUUCUGUGCUUUUUCUAACCAUUUGAGGGUUCUUCUAUUUAAAAAUAAUGACUGAGCCUCUAAUUUAGUUAUGUAGAAUGUUACAUCUGUGACAUUUACAUCAUUUUAAAUACGCAGCUAGUGUUUUUGCACCAGAUGCUGCAGUAAAAUGAAUGGGAAAUAUAAUCAAGUGUCCGUAAUCAAUGCCCUAAGUAUGACGCUGAUUGACUUUGUGUAAAUUUAACAGAAACUGAUGCAACAUCACAAAAAACCAGUCCAUAUAUUAACCAUAUUUCCUAUUCCCAGUAGAUCCAAUGCCUGCUUAGGUUUUCAUCGAGGAUUUGAAACAGUUUCCUCCCGACACAGAAAUCACAUCCAACUUUCUGCCAAAGGGGAUUUUAUUUCUUCCUGACAUGUGACAGACUGCCAGUUACCA